ACGUCGAUGUUCCCCAUGUGUGUCCGGGCGAGUAGGGGCCUCCUCACGCUCAGGAGCUGGAGCAGACGUGGUUCAACCCCUGCAGUGGUGGACUUGAUUCGGGCAAUUUCCACGGAGAAGCCAACAGGAGAGGGCAGUGCUACAGGUGGACUCGCUCAAGCAAUCUUGCAAGAGAGGCUUAAGCAGCAACAGAAGAGUCAGGGCCAGCUCCCUCCAGAAGGGGAUGGGGACUCGGAACAGAAGCAGGACCAGGGAGAGGACAAGAAACGGAAGGAGAACACAGCCUAUGCCAAGAAGAUGGUGAUGCGGCUAGCAGGCCUGAUGGGGGUAGGGGGUGCGGUCGGCAUGGUGUACGUAUUCGGUAGCAAUUCAGUGGAUGAACAAGGAAACACGGUGUGUGAAGUGGACUAUUUCUCAUCUUCCUUCUGUCUUUUACAGAUUCCAGAUGAGUUUGAUAACGACACACCGGUUAUCCAGCAGUUGAGAAGGACGUUGAAGUAUUUCCAAGACUACAGACAGAUGAUCAUUGAGCCCACGAGCCCCAAGCUGCUUCCUGACCCCCUGAGGGAGCCCUACUACCAGCCUCCCUACACCCUGGUCCUGGAGCUCACAGAUGUCCUGCUGCACCCCGAGUGGUCGCUGGCUACAGGCUGGCGCUUCAAGAAGAGGCCAGGCAUCGACUACCUGUUCCAGCAGCUAGCCCCUCUCUACGAGAUAGUCAUCUUCACUGCAGAAACAGGCAUGACGGCGUACCCUCUGAUUGACAGCAUCGACCCCCAGGGCUUUGUCAUGUACCGCCUCUUCAGGGACGCCACGCGUUACGUGGAGGGACAUCACGUCAAGGACGUGUCGUGUCUGAACCGGGACACUUCCAAGGUGAUAGUGGUGGACUGUAAGAGGGAAGCCUUCAGCCUGCAGCCUUUCAACGGCAUGGCUCUGACGAAAUGGGACGGCAACUCAGAGGACCGAACACUCUACGACCUAGCUCAUUUUCUCAAGACCAUUGCUCUCAGUGGAGUGGAUGACGUCCGCUCUGUCCUGGAGAACUAUGCACUGGAAGAUGACCCCGUAGAGGCCUUCAAACGAAGACAAGCGCAGCUAGCACAGGACGAGGAGCAGAGGUUGGCAGAGCUGACCAAGCAGAAGAAGCAGGGCAUGUCCUUGGGCUCCAUCGCCGGAAGGUUCUGGCGUUCCAAACAAGAGUGAGUGGUCCUCUCACUCGCACCCACCAAUCGCAGCCCACCCCUCCACAGUGUCAGGCCAAAAGGAUGGCGGGCCACAGUCACUCGGCGGGGCGGGCGGCGGGCGUCUGGACACGUGGGGGAGGAGACAAGGAGGCGAGACCAUCCAAUCAGCUGGACUUUUGACUGUCGCAAGCAUGUCUUUGGGGGGAAUGAGCUGGAAAGGAGCAAGGCUCCAAAAGAAUGUUCUGGUACCUCUGUCGGCAGCGACAUCACUUCCUGGAUCUCAGAUGCUCUGGUGUAGGCAGUGCAGCCCACCCCACCCCCCCAUCGGUCUUCUGUUGGCACUGACGUAUACAAACUGGUGCUGAGUGGUUAGACAUUAUUGAUUGAACCAUUUCAGUCCACAUUAGUUCAUCCACUUCUACCCACCAGCCGGUCAUACAGGGAACUGACCAGAGAACAGUGCGCUUAUCUGCAACUCCCAUGCACUUGGAUUUGGUGCUCUGGAAUGGAGUUUGAUCAGCUUUGAACAACAGUGAAUUAUUUGUUUUGCUUCGUGUAUAUCUAAGACUGAGCUGGUCAGGGUAAAGGAUAUUAAACAUGUUGCACUCUGAGACUCUCUAAGCUUAUCUCCACCAAUGAGAAGUCAUGCCUUGGACAGGCACUGCCGAUGCCAACCGGACUGUGUGCAACAGAGGCUGGAGCUUGCGCUGUAAGAAUGAGUGGGAGAGACAUUUUCAGCAAAUCAAGCCAAGGCAAGCCAUGAGAAAUUGGGCUGAUGCCACACAUACUGAGUGAAAAUGGAUCGACAUGUCUGAAUAUAUACUUGUUGAAUGUUCUAUUAGAUUCAGUUUGUGAACCAUUCACAAAGUCGCAAAUAAAGAAAAAGGAGGAGGAGGAUUUCUGUCUGUAAUAAAGCCUACUAUGAACUGUAACUCAGUAAAAUCUUUGCAAUUGUUACAUUUUUAUUUUUGUUCAGUAUAAAGAACAUACCAUAGACUCACUCCAAAGCUAGCUUGAAAUGUUGCUGAUGGAGCCAUCCAAAAUGUACCUUUUUGUAUGGCCCAAUCGGUUUGUAUGUUGUCAAGGAGGGCAGUCAAGUGUCUUUCAGACCAGAGGAUCACUGGUUUGAGCCCAGUAUGGGGCAGUUCGACAGUGGAGGAAGCUACACU